GGUGUGUCGGACCGUGUUAGCCUUUGGUCGGUUGGUCGGUUUCUCCCCAUUAUGGCGGAAUGGGCGGAUGCUGUGCUUCGGCGGCGUUGCGGCUCUGACGGCCUGCUCAAUGCCUACGGUCGGUGUUUGCGUUUGGUGAAUGGAUUGGCCUCAGGGCCAGGGAUGACUUGGGUCACUGGACGUGUGCAGGCAUGUCUGAACCCCGAUAGGGUGAGGAAUCUGAGUGCUGACCCUUUGGUCACGCUGGUUAGGCAGCGCAUUCGUGACGCAAAUGACCUUGACAGGGCCCUGAUCAGGUUUCUUUGUACGGUCGGUGAGUCGGAUGAGGUUUCUCCAUUUUCGGAGGUCUCUGGUGCUCUGACUGCUUUCAGUCCGGUUCAGAAUCCUUUGGAUAGUUUCAGGUCGGUGAUGCAGGCUGAGCAGCGCAUCUCAGACAUUUGGAUUGAGGCGCUGGAGAUGCCCGAGCUUCCCAGGUUUGACGUUGACUUGCGGCAGCAAACACCACUUGAGACUGAACAGAUUUUGACUCUGGUUGGUGGCAGAACUUUUGGGCGUGAUUUUGGCAACAAAGGCUUGAGACGAGGUAAGUGGGAUUCAGACUCACUGCAUGGUGAGAGUGUGCAGGGUAUCCCGCUUUGGUGUGCGGAUUUGCUGCCUCCUCAACAUUGUGUUGUGCAUGUCGUUCCUGAUCCUGCUAUGGUUCCGCUGGCUGUUGUUGUUGGCUGUGUUCAGGACAUGCCAAAAUGGAUCACGCCCUUGGUGGUUGAUGCCGACCGUCAACGUGAGCUCAUGGUAGGUUCGGUUAUGCGUUGCUUGCCGUCUGGAACCUGUACAUGGGAGUUGGAUGGAUCUGAAAUCUCGAUGCCGACGUCAAGUCAGGUCUACUCGAUGCCUCCUUCCAUGUUGGCUAACACGGUCUGUCACAAUGAGGUUGAGAUCCUCUCGGGGGAGGUCGGCCUUUUUGAAUCCAAAGGGAUUUCGGUAGCAUGGCCUAAAACGGUCACCAGCGCGAACCCAUGGCUGCAUUUUCGUUCGUUGCUUUUGAGUGAUGUCGUGGCCUUUGAGUUCGAUGAGCAGGUGAAAGAAAGUUGUGGCGCUGACAUUGGAGGGCACAAGUCAUCCAAAUCCAGAAGGAAGCGAAAGUCAAAGCCGUUUGAACAGGAGGAUGGUGAAGGCAAACAUCGGCGAGUUGGCGACGGAGGCACUGGAGCUGGUUUUUCACCUUCAGGUGGAGGUGGGCACAGCCACGUUGGCUCAGACCAUGCAGCAGAGGAGGGUCGGACCUUCACUUGGAGGACUCACGACUCUGAAAAUGCCGUGCAACUCCAUGCCAAAUCCAAGGCGGGACCAAAGGAUCGACAGUCGCAUGAAACUCCAAGUGGGAGUGGAGAAGCACACCCUGAAGAGGGCCGAAGUCGUGGACGAGAUGUGGACAAUGUGGAAGGAAUGAGGGAUGCUCGCUCUCGAGGUCGAGGGUCUGACGGAGGCACUAGGUCGGCUCGACCAAAGUCGCCAUCUCUGUCUCCGAUGCCACAUCAGAGGAUGGCAAUUAGCCGCCAGCGUGCUACUACGGAGCGUGAACCUCGUGCAGUGCUUUUCCCGCCAGAUUGGCAAUGCCCUACACCGGAAUGUGUGAAUCACACCAAGAUGGUCUUUGCGAAGAGAAGCCAAUGUCCUAUUUGUGGGGCCGCCAAACCUUCAAGUACGACCGGAGGAUCAAAGACUGAGAGAAUGAGUGGCGCAGUGUACAGAAGGUAUCAGCCGGCCAAUAGAGACGUCUCACCUGGACGGGUUGAGAACUCUCAUCAAGAAGUGCAAGAUGAUGAAGCCAGUGAACGUGCUCAGGCGUCGGACCCUAUCUCGGAUUUUCCUGCCUUCGAGGACCCUGGGAAGGGAAUGGAACAACAGGUAGGAGUGGAGGUGGUUUGCGAUCAAGGCCAAUGGCCAGGACAGUGCGUCAUGUGCUUUCAAGACCUUUCGGUGUGUCAAGGAUGUCUGACCCCCAGGUUCAUGGAUCAAGUGGUCCCCUCCGGGGAACUGCCAGCUUCUUUGGAAUGCGCCUCGACGAUCUUUGAUGUUUGGAAAUUGGAAGAGGUGCGCGGCUUGAGAAGAAUACAGUCUUUCGCUUUUGAGAUCAUUGAGGAGAUGCUCACAGCGGUGUGCUGGAAAGCUGUGGUAGGGGAAAGAACCAUUAUUGUGGUUUUUGACCAAUUUUGGAUGAGUUGGAUUACUCCCAAGGUAGGUUUCAAACUUGCGGUUCUGGAUGCUCGUUUGUGCGGUGUUUAUGAUGGUCUGUCGGUUUUCUUCGUGGCCAGGGAGGGUUUCUCCUUCCUGGUUCGUAGAUGGAUUGAUGAAGACACCCGGUGUCUUGAGUUGUUCGCUGGUAUCGGAGGAUGGAGUGAGGCACUGCCCUUUUUGGACGAUGGAUGCGGGAUUGUCUCCAUCGAAAUUGACACUCGUAAGGCGAUUGCGUUGAGUAAAAUGAGGGGAUGCCAGGCCGUCCCUUUGGAGGCAAUCCUGCCCGACAUGUUGUCCCUCGACAUUGUCGUCAUUGGAGAUGUGAGAGAUAGGCGGUGGUUGAAGCUUACCCUGGGGUGGCCUUUUCGGGUGCUCAUGAUGUCACCACCUUGCACUUCCUUUUCAGGUGGGGGAAAUUGCUUGGGCAUUCAUGACGAGAAUGGGCAGCUGAUGCUUCAUGGCCUGGGGAUUGCAGCUGUGGUGAAUGCAGAGGUUUCAUGUGGUGAAAAUGUGAAAGGACUGAUCAGGCACCCACACUGGGCUCUCAUUGGCCUCUUUGCUCACAUGUUGGGGCUGCGGCACUUGCGUGUGAAGUUGUUGGAGCUUUCACACAUUGUUCCUAUGAAGCGUCCAAGGUGUUUCUUCUGUUUCUUCCGGGUCUUGCUUGAUUUCCCAAUCAACGAAGGUACCGCUUUGAACUUGCCGGCUAAGUUGUGGCAAAUUUCUGAGAUGUUUGUGCAGGGCAUCUCGGAGGAACAAGAGAAAGUGCUUGCCAAGUGGGAACUGCUUCCCUUUUCACUGAAGAGAUUGUGCAGUAGGGAGGCGGAUAAGGUGUUGGAGGCUCGCACUUAUGACGCGCCCCCAUUGCCGGUUCUUAUGUCUUCUUACAUGCGUCAGCAUUUGUUGCCUUGGUCUUCAUUGUGUGACAAAGGUCUCUUCACGUGGUUGGUUAGGUUCGGGCAAUUGAGGAGGUACCUGCACCCGUGUGAGGCUGCCAGACUUUUUGGCUUUGGACCGGUCUUUCCUUUUGUUGAGGAUGCCGAUGAAUGCAUGUCUGCAUUGGGGAAUUGCGUUGCCCCUAUUCAGGUCUUGCAGAUUUUGAGGCCGAUCUUCCAAAGGUUUGGGAUCCUGAAGGUAUUGGCGGAUGUGCCUCUACGUGAAGUCAUUGCGUUGAUGGUUUGUGGCUGGGCCUUCUUGGGUAACAUGGCGGUACGUCGGUUUGGGCCUGAACUUCGGUUUGCUCAGAAAGUUUUUGCGGUCGAGGAUCAGGAAGGGCAGGUGUUGGUGCGUCAUCAUGGAACGUACUGGUGGGUUUCUUCUCGUGGUUUGUUCACGGAAGGAGCGAACAUCCGAGAGGUGCUGUCGGAGGUCCUGGGUUUGGGGAAGAAGGUUGAUCUUUUGCGUUGCCUGCUUUUCGAGGAUGUGAUCGAGGUUCACGUGGAAUUUGAACCGGUCUUGUUGCGGGGGGUGAACUUCACAUUGGGGGUUUCGCCUUUGUCGACAUGGAAGGAAUGCCUGGUGAGCACGGGGCAGGAGCUUUGUCUUGGCGCGCUGAAUGCAAUUCGGCCUGAUGUGCCAGCGUGGAUGGUCGACUUCAGGCUUUGUGAAGUUCCGAUUCAACCCAUUGGGAGGAUUCAGGUCCACCCGUUGGCCACGGUAGGGGAAGUUCAGUCGUAUUUGUCCACUCGCUUCUUUGGGGGUCGAGCUGUCCCGAUGAUCACGGUGGGAGGCAGGUCGGUUUCGCAUGAUACACUCAUUUUGGCUGCCAAUUGCACAGGUGUGCUUCGGCUGAGACUGUUUCCGUUGAAAGGGGGUGCUCUUUCACUUGCGGCUACGGAGGAGCGAUUGAGGGAGUUGUUGAGGGAGCAUGGGGUUCCUGAGGAAGAGCUUGCCCAGCGAGUGGCCACUCUGGUCGAAAAAGUUUCCUACGAGGUCUGUAAGCGGUGCUUGGAUUCCAAAACUCCAUGGGCCGCGCUCAAGGCGGAGGCCACGAAGCAAGACGUCAGGUUGGUGACGGUCCUAGAGCGGGAGAGAAAAGCGGCAGGUUCCACAUCGUUGCAAGCCAAGGAUGUCGACCCUCUUCAGGUCAACGACCCGUGGAAAAGGGCUGGGGUAGGGCGAGGAAAAAAGCACGCCAAGGAUUUGAAAGCAUCCAAGUCCGCCAACCUGAAGAUUGAUGACUCCUUCUUCCAUGUCCAGGGGAAAGAGCUCCCAGUCAUCUCGAUUGAGGAUCUUCUUAAAGGAGCAUCUGGGUUGGUGGUAGAGCAGUUGCAUGCGAUUGGUGAAAGGUUGCCCGUUAUACUUCAGCGGAGUCGGACAACUGGUCCUGCGGCGUUGAUCGUGUGUGGAUGCUCUGUGAAAGACCUUCCAAGGGAACUUGUCACCUCCAAGUGCAGUGAUGUGGUUGUGCCAGGUUGGGUGGGACCCCACUCUUCUGCUAUUCGGUCGGUUUUGGUGCAGGUGGGUGAUGUUGAGGUUCAGUACAAAAUUGCCAAGGCUGACAUGGUAGUGCAAGACCACGUGGCGACGAAGGUUGUCAUGAUUCACGUCUACAGGGACGAGUCUACGUAUUGGGGUGAACUGCAAAGAGGCACCGCCUUUUACCUUCGUAAACUGGGUUUCCAGGAGACCAAGAUGAUUCAACAGGCUUGGGGGCUUGGCUUCUACGCAGGGAAUAAAAGGGUCGGUGUCAAGGACGCAGUCUAUGCACAUGGCUUUGUGCGUAUCUUGGAGGCCUUUGUGGAGCCGCUGUUGCAGCUUUCUGGGACUGAUGGUAUGUACGCUACACCAAGGACUUCUGCACGGACGGUUGAUCCCGCUUACAAAGUCAUCACGUUCCCAGGUUUCAAUCUGGAAGACGCGAAGAGGCAGAAGGACAUUUUGGAGGAUGUGAUGGGCUUGGUUCGCACCUCGAAGGGGUAUGGUGUGAGAGUCCACGAGUCCAAGUACAGUAGCACCAAAAGGGCUUUGUUUCCUGAUCUUGAGGUUUCGGACGAAAGUGAUUCUGGUGGCCCCCGAAGGUUCAGACUUUUGGCCGUCCCGGCUGAAUACGAGCGGACCACUUUGAAAGCGUUGCUUCGUAAGGUUGGUUGGGCAGCGAAGGUGUUACGUGGCCAGGGAUUUGGGACUUGGUUGGUCUCUUCUGGUGGCCCCCCCCCGGUCAGGUCAAUUGUGGUUAACGAGGCCACCAUUGUCAUCCUGGAAGAUCAAGCUCAUGCUCCAGGGGCCAUUUUGGCUUCAUCAAGCAGGAACGUCGUGACAAAGACAGCAUGGCAGGUGGCCCCGCAUGAAGGACAAACAUGCAAGGCUGCACCUAUGUUGCCGGAGGUGAAAACAAAGUUUGAGCAGCUUGAAGCCAAAGCUAUGUCGAGGGUCGACAAUCUCGAGCAGCAGGUUUCGGCGUUGGCUGCACAGGUCAAAGAGAAUGCAGGGCAGACUCAGAUUGCCCUGCAAUCCUUGGAAGGGAAAGUGGAACACGUCGCCAAGAUGGAGGUGGGCACGACUAAUCCCAUGCAGCUCCUGGGAAAGUCGGCGGUGAUCUCAGCUUGGAACACGGACGUCGUGUUGCUCUCCGAAACCAGCCACACGCAGCGUGCGGUGAGAGCUAUUUCUGCUGAGUUCAGGUAUGUGGAUAACUGUGAGAUAAUUCGUGCAGGUGUGCAGUUGGUGCGGUCGGUUUCGGGGCCUGCCAUUUUGGCGGGAGAUUUCAAUACCCCUUUGGUCAACUUUGAGGACAUGAAAGGUUUGCUUCACGACGGUUGGGCGGAUGCGGCAUUGUUGGAUGCACGUAGGAGGUCGGUGGUGGAUUUUCAUGAGGAUCUGCCGACGCAUGCGGUGUUGGUUUCGGAGUUUGACUUGCCGUGUACAAAUCUGAGGGUUCACAAGUGGCUUACGCCCAAACCUUUGGACAAGCUGCCCCUUGACUUCGGUAGGCUGGAAAGAUUGGCUGACGCGGUAUCGGUCGAGAUGUGGCAGGUUGCGGUUGAUCGGUGUUUGGAGGAAGGAAAUAUGGACAAGGCUUUUGAGAACUGGUCUGAGAUUGCGGAGACCCUUUUGCUGGCGGCAGUUGACGGUGAGGGAAUUGAUGUUGCCAAGCCGGCAUGGUCUGGUAGAGGUAGGUUGUUUGAGCCGGUUUUGCGUGCGUGGGCACCACCACGGUUUCACACGGGUCGGCCAGGGGAUUUUAGGCUCAGUUUGCCCUCUGUGGCUUUGGAGGCAAGGAGAUGGCAGAAGUUGGUUAGGCAGCUGGAAGCCCUGGUUCGGAAAUUAAAGGUCGGUUGUCGGGCACAGGACUCUCACUCUUUCUCCAUUGAGGUGCAGUGUAUUUGGCGAUCCAUUGUUGGGUCUCCGAUUCGGCCGCGGUUUCCGAGAUGGGCCUCUGAGGCUGUUGGAUUUGAAGUGCAUGUUUUGCCAAGCCUUGCUAUUCUGGAAGUCUUGUAUCAAGCUGCGGCCACCCAUGCGCAGGAGGUAGCUAGGAGGUGUUGGGCUACCAAGCGUGAGUGUUUCUUGGCGCAGGUUGAUGAUUCCUGGAAGAAGCAAGGAGGGAGUUUCGCCUUCAAAAUGCUCAAGGAGCAGCAGCAUCCGCCUGUUAUUGAAAUGAGAGUUAGGACGACGGUCAGGUUGGCGCCCCAGAGAUGGUUGCCAGAUGGGAAACAGUGGUUGAGACUGUUGAACGCCUCUGAGUUCCGAGAAGGGGACAAGCUGCAAGGGUAUAGGGAAUGCACAAUCUUGGAGGUCCAGGAGGACUCGAUCCAAGUUGACGUCAGGUUGUCGCGAAAAGAGGCUGCUGAGCUUGAAAAGGUUGAGGUUUCCCUUGACCCCAGUGUUUGGUCCCGGGCCUUCUUUAAAGGUUGGAAUUCGUAUUGGCAGCGUGAAGCAGGUUUGGAAAGAGGUACGCCUUGGAAGGAAAUGUUGGACACAAUUCCGAGUGUCCCUGAGCAUCCCUUGGGAGAUAUACAGUUCGAAGACUGGAAAGCAGCUCUGAGUCGUGCUAAGACUACUUCCAUGAGAGGGACAUGUGGCUGGUCGGUCGGUGAGCUUCGUAAUCUGCCCCUCUGCGUUGUCUCCCCCUUGCUGCGCAUCUUCAAAGCGAUCGAGGUCAAUGCUACUUGGCCGAGACAGUUGCAACAGUGGUUGGUUGUCCUUCUCAGAAAGGACGAAGGCAUCCCGGAGUGGAACUCGGUGCGUCCCAUUUCUGUCGCUUCGGUGGUGUACCGGGUUUGGUCGAGGAUCAGGACUCGUCAGAUGCUUGAGAUCUGUCAGGUGCAUGCCUUGCCAACGGUCGGACCGCGUCUCUCGACCAGGUCCCUUUGGGGGUUUGUUGCGGACUUUGUUGCCGAGGAGAUGCACGCAGGGAAAGCACCCACGGGAUUGGUGUUGGACAUCGUCAAGGCCUUUAAUGUGCUACGACGCCCUUUGGUGUGCCAGGUCAUGUGUCACUUUGGGAUCCCGGAGAGCUUGGCGAGAGCGUGGUUAGCCGGUUUGGAUGGCAUGGAAAGGCAUGUGCUGGUGAUGGGCAAUGCAUACAGGGCGGACCCAGGGGAUCGGGCGGCCACUGCGGGGGUGCCGGAGGGUGACCCCUUGUCUGUGGUGCUUGCGGACAAAGUUGAACCGGUGUUGCGUAUCCUUCCGGCGGUGGAGACCUUUUUGACCUGUUGUGCGUUGCCGAUUUCCCCGGAGAAAUGUUGGCUGUGGAGUGCUUGUAAGGAGGGAAGGAAGCGUCUCAAGUUGGCUACCCUGGGUGAGGUGGCGCAAAACAAGGUUGAUUCUGUCCGGAAUCUGGCCACAAUGUCUGCAUGGUGCGGAGACUUGUCAGGUUCCUCGGUCGGUCUACAAGAGAUUGAGAACGCAGGAUUGAUCUCGUUGCGGUGUGGUUUUGGGGGUGUUUCUUACUUGUUGGCCAAGCAGUUGCGCUCAAUGGAGUGGAUGGUGGUGGGUCUGGAAGCCAGGGAUGACUUUGGUCGGAUGUUUCAUCUGGUGGAGACUCCUCUUAAGGCGGUCAAGGACGUUUUGGAAACUUCGUGGAUGGAUCAGGUGGCGGCGAAUGUCGCGCACCGAAAGGAUUGCUCUGGGAUAGAGCACAUUGACAUUCAACUUUCCAGGACGUGGAUGAAGUAUCCCCUCGGUGAGCAGGCCUUGCUUCUUACGCAGGUGACCGGGGUGACCUUUACUCGGGACUGUUUGUCUCAUGCUGCGGGUGUGGAGGUCUCGCGCGCGUGUCCUUUGUGUGGAGAGGAGGACUCCAGGUUGCACAGGGCUAGAGAUUGUGAAGCAGUCGCUGAUUUGCGUGGGCCGUUUCUGGAGCUGCUUGGGGGUCGGUCGCUGCCGCCGCAUACUUGGGCAUACGGGUUGUGGGAUGAGUUGCCUGUGUUGCGGGAGUGGCAAGCUGAGUCAUGCUGCUUGGAUUGGCCCUUUCUGGUUACCUCUUCUUGUCUCGAGCGGAAGUUUGUCUUCUGUGAUGGGAGCUGUUUGUCCCCCAGGUUCCCAAGGCUUGCUAUUGCGGGAGGUGCGGUGGUCUUGGCAAACUCGAACGGGACCCACGACCUGGUGUGGGCCGGGCUUCUGCCUGGGUUGGCGCAAAGCAGUUAUCGUGCGGAGAUCCUUGCGCUUGCAGUUGCUUUUUCCUCUUUCACCUGUGUCACGGUUUUCUGCGAUAACCUCGCGGUUGUGCGGGUUGCCACUGGUCUGUUGAAGCUGCCGGAGGAGCAUAGGUUGUCCAGUCUCCCUGCGGAUCAUAAGGACCUUUGGGUGUUCUUCUGUGGGGCGGUGGCAGGUAGGUCGUGGGGUGCAUGCAUCGUGCGCUGGGUGAAGGCGCAUCAGGAUCCUCAGCGCUUGGUGGGUGAGGCCCGUAUUCUGGCCAUUUUCAAUGCAAGGGUUGAUGCGGAGGCAAAGAAGGUGGUUGUUGAAAGGGCGCAGCAUAGGCUGUAUCGGGCGCUUUUCAGGGAAUACAACACUGCGAAGGAAGACGCGGCGAGACUGGCGGACUUGCAUGUGGCAAUUGCGCAGGCUUUCGUCGAGGUCGAAAGACCCAAGGUCGGUGAAUGGGAGCCUGACGGUUUUGUGGUGGUAGGUAGAGGUGCGCGGCUCGAUGAGAUCUCGCUCCGGUCUCAGGUUCAUUCGGGCUUUGGCAGGAGGUUGCAUGAAUGGCUGUGCUCCCUGAGGUGGUAUCCAUCAUGUGCCGCAGGUUGGUGUGGGAUUUCAGCACUCGAAUUGCUUUGGCAAUUUGUCUUCGACACGGGUUCGCUUCCUCCGUUUUGGUACGAUGGUAAGUGGUGUGUUUUGGAGGACUCGACGCUCAACUCCUUUGUGCUUCCGCGGAUGUCGCAGUUGUAUCGUACGUGGGUCCGCGCGCUUUGUGCCGUCGACGGGCUCCCGGCGGGUGAUGUGGACGAUGUUUCGGGUCUGCCCUUUGCGCGGCUUGGUGCCCGUGGGUUGUCUGUGGGCGGUCGGAUCCCCCUUCACCCCGCUGUGGUCGCGGAUUUGUCCUCGCUCUUUAGGAG